AUGGCUAAGGCUAGAGCCGUUGAAAUUGAAAGAGCUGAAAAAGUUCGGCGAAUGAAAGAAGAGUUGGAAAAAAAAAUGUUGGCUGAAUCAAAUGAAGAUGCAAGCAAUGGUGGAGUUAUUACCAAUGAAGAAAGAGAAAAAAUUCAGCAAUUGGUGGAUGAAAUGGUUAUGACAGAGGAUAGUGUGUUAGAUGAUACAGCAUUAAAAAAACUUACAUUGCUUUUUGAAAAAAGGACCUUAAAAAAUCAAGAAAUGAGAAUAAAAUUUCCAGAUAAUCCUGAAAAAUUUAUGGAAUCUGAGGUUGAACUUCACGAAGCUAUUCAAGAACUUCAUGUCGUAGCUACAGUUCCUGAUUUAUAUCCAGUUUUGGUUCAAGUUAAUGCAAUCAAUAGUCUUUUGGAACUUUUAUCACAUGAAAAUACUGAUAUAGCAGUAGCAAGUAAAGAAGGAGCUGAUUCCCUUAUUGAUGCACUUCUAAAUCAACAAGUUUGUGCUUUAUUAGUUCAAAACUUGGAAAGAUUAGAUGAAUCGGUCAAAGAAGAGGCUGAAGGAGUUCACAAUACUUUAGCUAUUUUUGAAAAUUUAACAGAAUUUAGGCCUCAAAUUUGUGCCAAUGCUGCAAAACAAGGUCUGUUCUCUUGGUUACUAAAACGACUAAGGGUUAAGCUUCCUUUUGAUGCAAACAAACUUUAUGCAUCAGAAAUUUUAUCAAUUCUAUUACAAAACACUCCAGAAAAUCGAGAAUUAAUAGGAGAACUAGAUGGUAUUGAUGUGAUUUUACAACAGCUUGCUUAUUAUAAAAGACAUGAUCCUGCUUCAACGGAGGAACAGGAAAUGAUGGAAAAUUUAUUUAAUUGUUUAUGUUCAUGUUUAAUGUUUCAUCCAAACAAAGACAAAUUCCUUAAGGGAGAAGGUUUACAAUUAAUGAAUUUAAUGCUUAGGGAAAAAAAAUUAUCAAGAAAUGGAUCAUUAAAAGUUUUAGAUCAUGCCAUGUCUGGUCCAGAGGGAAAAGACAAUUGUAAUAAAUUUGUUGAUAUAUUAGGCCUCAGAACAAUAUUCCCUUUGUUUAUGAAAACUCCGAAAAAAAACAGGAAGAAAGUUAUCACAGUUGAAGAGCAUGAAGAACAUGUUUUGUCAAUUGUAUGCAGUAUGAUGAAAAAUUGUAAAGGAUCACAAAGACAAAGAUUACUUAGUAAAUUUACUGAAAACGAUCAUGAAAAAGUCGAUAGACUUUUAGAACUUCAUUUUAAAUAUUUAGAAAAAGUCGAAGAAGUUGACAUGGAAAUAGAAGAAAAUUUAAGAAUUGACAAAGAAGAAUUAGACGAAGAAGAAGUUUAUUUAAAAAGAUUAGAAGGUGGAUUAUUUACCUUACAGUUAAUAGAUUAUAUUUUAUUAGAAGUAUGUUCUAGCGGUCCCUCGAGUAUCAAACAAAGAGUAGUACAAAUAAUAAAUCUCAGGGGUGGAUCCUUAAAAGCAAUCAGACACAUUAUGAGAGGAAAUUUGGGAGAAAGUGGAAACGAUGAAGCGAAACAAAAAGAAGAACAGUAUAUUUUACACGUGUUGUCUCUGUUGUGUACUCGACUCUCUUUUAUUGAUAUUUUUUAA